UCCCAGCUUCCGGUGUAAACGGAAAGCAGCAGAAGAGAGCAGUACUGCCUUGUAACGUCAAGUGUGCAGCACAUGGACGGAGAAAGACAGUCUUAUUAUUUGUUAUCCAGUUUGAAAUAUUUACGUCGUAUAAAAUACAUAUUUGAUUCUUUCUUUAAGGAUAAAGUGGUCUCGAUGCGCUAGAAGCACUGUGCCGCUUCUCGUGCUAUCUUUGCUUGUUAGUUAGCUUAGCUCGCUAGUUAGCUUAGCUUGUUAGCUGCUAACAAAGAGACGCGGACGCUAUCAACACAUCGCUAAGUAGAGAUCAAAUGUGUGAGAAAAGUGUUGUGAUUGUGUGAAAAUGUGCGAAAGAACUAUAACAAAGUAUGAGGAGGAACUUUGUCUUACAAAAGAGGAGAAGGAGCGACAACAUCAACUACUGGACGCUGUUUUCAAGAAACAUCAAGUUGUGUUACACAGAACAGACGUCCAGCAGCCUCCUCACAUUAAAGAGGAAGGGGAGGAUCCACAGCCCCCCCACAUGAAAGAGGAAGAAGAGGAUCCACAGCCCCCCCACAUUAAAGAGGAAGAGGAGGAAGUGUGGAUGAGUCAGGAGGGAGAGUGUCCUGUAGGGCAGGAGGAGGCUGAUGUCAGCAAGUUUCCACUGACUGUUGUCUCUGUGAAGACUGAAGAGCAUGAAGACAAACCACCUGAGUCCUCACAGCUUCAUCACAGUCCAAACGUCCAGCAGGUGUCAGCAGAGAGUCAUGAAGAGAUUCCCUCCAAGCAGCAGGAGUGGAGCUCCAGUGUGGGACAGAAGAAGCUCGAGCCCACUCAUAUAGAGGAAGAAGAGGAACUGUGGGAGCAGCUUCCAAGGUUGGAGGAGGUUAAUGACGAAGAUGAUAUAAAGUCAGAACCAGACAGCAUCUUUGCUCCACUGUCAGACAUGGACCACAUGAUGUCACACUCUUCUGAUCACAGUGACCACAUCCAAAAACCUUUGAAGAGUAAAAAUGACUCUGAAGGUGAUACGAGACAUCACACUAACAACAAACACUUUGACUGCUCUGAAUGUGAAAAAUCUUUUAGACAUAAGAGUAAUUUUACAGUACACAUGAGAACACAUACUGGAGAGAAACCUUAUACUUGCCCUGUGUCACAACCACUGGCUUGUUAGUGGCUGUAACAUUAAGGGAGACCACACCGAUUUGUACAUUUUAGCCAACAGAUCUUUUAUUUACAACAUGUAUCAGUGAUCAGUAAUGUGAAUUAACCAAGGAAUGUAUCAGUAAAUGAGUGUUGUCCCAAAAGGGUGUUAGUGUGGUGCUAAUCCCGGCCGUCGUUGCCGUGACCAUACGGUCACCAAACGAAUGUGCCUGUGGGACGAGAGAGAGAAAGAGAGAGAGCAUGAGAGAGAGAGCAUGCUGAUGGGAGGCCUUUCAUAGGCCGCCCAAUCAGCAGCCCUCUGAGAUGUUGCACGUCUUCACAGACCAGCUCCACCUGCGGGUCGGAGGACCAAAGUGCCCCAAACACUAACCGGCAGCAACCGACAGCUCCACCUGCGGGUCGGAGGACCAAAGUGCCCCAAACACUAACCGGCAGAGCCGGGCAUGACAUCCCCCCCCUUAAAAACAGAGACCCGUGUUAACUGGGUCUCUGAAGCACCAUCAAAAAAUAGAAAACAAAAAACUACAGUAGCCCCAGUAGCUAUAUUCUAGUCCCACUGACGCACCUCCCCUCCACCCCAGACCAACCAGAACCCAAACCAUCCCAAACACCCUCCUUCCCCUCCGACCUUCCCUGCACCCAGCAAAUCCUGGUACCCGGACAGCGACCUUUAAGGGAAACAGAGAAAAACCGCAGGUUAGGAGUGAGUGGAGAUGAUUAGACCUCCUGGUCCAGAGUCAAUGUCAUGUUCAAUUAGUGUGGUACAGGUUGGAGUGUCGGAAAACAAAGGCAAAAACUCAAAAAUCAAAUCCGACAACUGUUUACGCUGUACCUCACUUAAAUGACCGAGGAGACUAUCUAGCUCCUUUAACUGCUGAGUAUUAUCUAAGCGCCCGUGUAAUACUGAAUCAUCAGGUGCGCGCACUUCAUCCCAAGCUGCCACCUCCGGCCAGUUGAGCGGUUCCCCAACCCCAACGGCUAGACCCACUGGACUCGCAGCAAUCCCACCCGCCUUGUCGGAACCUGCAGAGUGGUAAGGCUUGAGUAAAUUCACAUGACACAGUUGCUGUGAUCGUUUACGAUCAGGAGUUGACAGUAAAUAAUUGAGAUCUGACACUUGGCUCA